AUGUCAGUAGAAGACAUCAGUAAGGUCUUCGUUCUAGGUGGAAGUGUUCAGAAUACACCUGCUCAUAUUUCCACCUUCCUGGGCAAGGAACAGGGGCCGAUUUUGGCAUCCUUCUUGGAACAUGCAUGUCGAGCUCUUCGCACAGAAGUAUCAACCUUAACUGGACCGUUGGUCAAAGAAAUACCUUCAUUUUCGACCGUCAACUCUCUGUGCUCCCUUGAAGACCAGGGUAAACUCCAUCCUACUCUUGGGCAUUCCUUGGUGUGUAUUUCAGAACUCGCAUACGCCAUAAAUCUAUUCGAGAGUCACGAUGGAUCGCUUCCAGCUCCAACAGAAACUUUGAUUUUAGGGCUGGGCUUCGGCGCUCUAGCUGCAGCGGCAAUUUGUGCCUCCCAAAACCUCACUCAACUACUGAGACUAUCAAUUGAAGUUGUGCGAGUCGCAUUCCAUACAGCGAUAACAGCUCAUAUAUCCUCUAAUGCGAUUGAGAAUUUUCGUGGACCAACCUCAUCGUCAUGGUCCUUUUCAGUGUCCGAUGUUACAUUUGACAAGAUGACAGACAUCAUCAAUGAAUUUUCUUCCCAAACGACUGGUCCCUAUGCAUUUAAACCAUACAUAAGCGCGGCCACUGUCAACAGCGUUUCCAUAAGUGGCCCUCCAGCAGUGCUAAAGGAAUUCAGAGACUCUCCAUCCUUGCAAGGGUUGAAAAUAAACUAUGAGCCAGUAUACGCAGCCUAUCAUACAGCUCAUAUUUAUCAAAAGUGUGAUGUUACUCGUAUUAUGGAAGUUCUCUCCGAGAGAAACCUGUGCGCGUACCCCAGACGUUUGCAGUCCGUCUGCCCCGCCAAAGGCAAUUUCUCAUGGUCACAAACAUUUCGGUCAAUGGUUGAAGAUGCAGUUACCAGCCUUCUUCUUGAACCUGUUAGAGAGGAUUUAGUCAAAGGUAGCUUAAAUACCAACAUAGGACUGACGAAAAAGUGUGUCGAGGUUCAUUCAGUGGGUUUUGGCGGCUCUUUCUCAGACACGAACGAGAACCAACAGAAAUCACAAAGAGGAAUUCCAGUUUCCCCGUCAGUUCAAUCAAUCUCUCAGUCGAAAAUUGCAAUAGUUGGGUAUUCGGGACGAUUCCCCGACGCAGACAAUUUGCAGGAAUUUUGGGAUUUGCUUUAUGAAGGGCGAGACGUUCAUAAAGUCGUCCCAUCAAGCCGAUGGGAUGUCAAAACCCACGUUGACGUUACUGGAAAAAACAAAAACACCAGUGCAACUCCGUACGGAUGCUGGCUGGAUAAUGCAGGUCUUUUUGACGCUAAAUUCUUCCGUGUAUCGCCUCGUGAAGCUCCGCAGAUAGAUCCAGCCCAGCGUUUAGCAUUGAUGACCGCAUAUGAAGCCAUUGAGCACGCUGGAAUAGUACCCGACAGCACACCGUCCACCCGAAAAGACCGAGUUGGCGUCUUCUAUGGAGUCACUAGCAAUGACUGGAUGGAAACAAACAGCUCUCAGGAUAUCGACACAUAUAUGAUUCCAGGGGGGAACCGUGCUUUUAUUCCUGGUCGCGUGAACUAUUUUUUCAAGUUCAGUGGCCCAAGCUAUAGUAUAGAUACCGCUUGUUCUUCCAGUUUGGCAUCGAUACAUGCUGCGUGCAACUCCCUUUGGAGAGGCGAUAUUGAUACAGCUGUUGUUGGCGGAACGAAUAUCUUAACUAAUCCGGACUUUACAGCCGGUCUAGAUCGGGGUCAUUUUCUUUCGAGAACCGGGAACUGCAAGUCAUUCGAUGAUAGUGCCGAUGGUUACUGCCGAGGCGAGGGUGUGGUCACCUUCAUUCUGAAGCGAUACGAGGACGCAUUAGUGGAUAAAGAUCCCAUACAUGGUGUCAUUUUGUCAGCUUAUACAAACCAUUCUGCCGACGCGGAAUCUAUUACUCGGCCGCAUGGAGGGGCGCAAAAAGCGAUAUUGAACAAACUGCUAUAUGACACUGGCUCCAAUGCGCGUGAUAUCAGCUACGUCGAAAUGCAUGGCACAGGCACCCAGGCCGGGGAUGCCGAGGAAAUGAAAUCCGUUCUAGACGUAUUUGCACCUCAGGAACCAUCUUCUAUUCGCAGAGGAAAUCAGAAGCUAUAUUUAGGAUCCGUGAAGGCAAAUAUUGGCCACAGUGAGGCCGCCUCAGGAGUUUCCAGCUUGGCCAAGACCCUCCUCAUGAUGAAGAAUGACACCAUCCCUCCUCAUUGCGGUGUCAAAACAAAGUUGAACACAAAAUUCCCCCAGAAUAUGUUUGACCAGAAUGUGCGGAUAGCGGAGAAGCCCACACCCUGGCUGAGGCCGUUUAAUGGUAGUAGAAAGGUUUUUGUCAAUAAUUUUAGUGCAGCUGGAGGGAACACUGCAUUAAUCUUGGAAGACGCUCCUCUGGUUGGACAUGUAAACACUGAAGAUAAGGACCCACGAACCUAUCAUACGGUAGCCGUUUCCGCUAAAUCGGUUGAGUCCUUGAAGGGCAACAUUCGCUCCCUGUUGAACCACCUUGAUACUGCUCCGCUUGGUGCCUUCACUUUGCCAACGCUUUCCUAUACUUCUACUGCACGACGCAUUCAUCACGCAUUUCGCAUCAUGGUUUCUGGCUCCAAUUUGCUUGAUAUAAAAGCCAAACUUCUGUCUGCGGAAGAUGGGGCUAAUGCAGUUCAGAAAGCAAAAGCAAUUCCUCGCCCAAUAUUCGCCUUCACAGGCCAGGGAGCUCAGUAUCCCGGUAUGGGAGGAACGUUCUAUCAGUGUUUUUCGUCAUUCAAGCGCGAUAUCGAUCGGCAUGAUCGGCUGUCACAGCUUUUAGGAUUCCCAUCCAUUCUUCAGGUAAUCACAGACUCUACUCGGCAACUUGUGGAUUAUUCCCCGUUGGUCGUUCAGAUCGCCACAACGUGCCUAGAGAUAGCGCUAGGGCGGCUUUGGGAAUCAUGGGGCAUCCAUCCAAGGGCUGUCGUUGGACACAGCUUGGGUGAAUACGCCGCUCUGUGUAUUGCUGGUGUCAUCUCUGAAUAUGAUGCGAUUUAUAUGGUUAGCCAGCGAGCCCAAUUGUUGGAGCAACACUGUACUCCAAAUUCCCACGCGAUGCUAGCCGUCAGGUGCACAUUCGACACUGUUCAGACAUUUCUCCCAGGUAGUGGCUGUGAAGUCGCUGCCAUAAAUGGUCCCGAGGAGAUUGUGCUUAGUGGAGAAAAUAAAAGUAUCAAGAAGGUGCACGAUUCUCUCAGGUCUCACAACAUUCAUGGGACAUUACUCCAAGUUCCUUAUGCUUUUCACUCUUCACAGGUUGAUCCUAUUCUUGACAAAUUCGUUUCUAGAAUUUCGAUGGUAAAAUUUUCGGACCCCAAGAUCCCUGUAAUCUGUGCCACCAGCGCAUCAAUCGUACGGGAUAAAGACUUCUUUGAUGCAUUUUAUUUCGCAAGGCACUGUCGCCAGGCAGUCAACAUGUUUGGUGUCAUUCAAAAAUCAAAAGAGGAUGGUCUUCUAGACUCGUCGUCUAUUUUAGUGGAGUGUGGUCCACAGCCAGUUGUUUCUAGAAUGGUCAAUUCUUCCCUUGGUUCGGCAAUGGAUAUUUUACCAUCCCUACAGCGUGGACAAGACCCCUGGAAGCUUAUCAGCUCUGCCCUUCAGACACUCUUUAGUAGGGGUCUUGAGAUUGACUGGAAAGAAUACCAUCGGGACUUUGACUCCUCACAAAAGGUAAUCGACCUUCCAUGUUACAGUUGGGAAUUGAAAGAAUAUUGGAUUCAAUAUAGAAAUGAUUGGUCUCUUCAUAAAGGAGAGUUACCAAAAAACGACUCUUCGCUCCCUUCAUACACGGCUCCCCUCAAAGAAGCUCAAGAAACACCAACUCCUUCAUCAAAGCUUGAGUCUACUACCAUUCAUAACGUCAUAGAGGAAGAUGUGGGGUCUCAAACAGGAAGGAUAGUUGUUGAAGCCGAUAUAUCUCGCGCAGACCUAAAUACUUUCGUGCAAGGACACAAGGUGAACGAUAUUCCAUUAUGCACACCGUCCGUAUAUGCGGAGCAUGCUCUCACAAUCGGAUACUACCUUGUUGAGCGAUACAAGCCUUCCCUAAAAGGGUGCCUUGUGGAAGUAUCGAAUAUGGUCUUGGAAAAAGCAUUGAUUGCCCAAACCUCAGGGCCCCAGAUUCUGCGAACGUCAGUAAAUGUUGACUGGCUAAAAGACGGGGCCUCUAUUACCUAUGAGAGCUAUACUAAUACCGGCAAAAGGCCCUCUAAGCACGCUACUGCGAAAAUUUGCUUCAAGGAUAUGGCUCAAACGUGUGCUGAACUUGCCGAGAGGACGGUCACAGUAAAAAGUCGGGCAUCACUACUUAAGACAAGUCUCGAUACAGGAAAUGCUUAUAGGUUCAAUCGCUCAAUGAUCUACAAGAUGGUUGGUGCUUUGGCACGCUUUGACUCAAAAUACACUGGUCUCAAAGAAAUCAUUCUUGACAGCAAUGCCCUCGAAGCAUAUGGGUCAGCUGAUUUCUUUCAUGUACCUUCAACUGGUGAAUUUCACACCAACCCCGCAUUUAUCGAUUCUUUAUCGCAGAUCGGUGGUUUUAUCAUGAAUUGUAACGACAAAUCUAACCUCGAUGAAGAAGUAUUUAUGAAUCAUGGAUGGGAUAGCUUUGCUAUGAUCGAGAACCUCUCUAAAGAGAAGGUUUAUGAUAUUCAUGCCAGCAUGCAUGAGGACUCCGGGAACAAAUGGAAAGGUGAUAUUACUAUCCUAAAUGGUGGUAAUAUUGUCGCAUAUUUCAACGGAAUCACGCUCCAAGGUGUAGCAAAAAGGGCAUUACAAUAUAUUCUUUCACGUGAACAGGACUUAGGAGCAAAUGUUAAAAAGCGGCUCAAGCAAGUGACACCCAAUCCCGUUUCAGCGAUGCCUCUACCUAGCUCCGAGGAAACACCGUUGAGUUUAGAGCAUCCACCAACUACUAAUGAAAAUGCGUUCAUAGCCGAAACGUCUGAAAAGGUGGAAUUAGCUUUGAAUAUUAUUUCAGAAGAAAGCGGAAUACCACUGGCUGAUAUGGAUGAUAAUCUAGAGCUCUCAGAGCUAGGAAUCGAUUCACUGUUGGUACUUAUAAUAUCUGGACGAUUUCUUGAGGAGUUGGGUCUACAUAUAGACUCAAUGGCCUUCUCUAGGAUGUCCACUAUCAAAAGUUUAAAAGGGUUCAUUACUGAUGGGAGCGAUGACGAGGCCGGGAGAAGAACAGGGCAACACUCUUUCGACUAUUUACCAAUUACUUCCUCUCAGGGACAUCAAUCUCGAGCCACCCAUAGACAAAUGGAUCGAAUAUUUCACGCCGCACUGGAAAUCAUAUCCGAAGAGAGUGGCAUAGCUGUGGAGGAUAUAGUAGAUGAUACGCACCUGGCAGACAUCGGCGUUGACUCGCUUAUGUCGUUGAUAAUCGUUGGCCGUUUAAAAGAAGAACUGUCUCUUGAUUUCAACUUUGAAAACUCGCCUUUUAUACAAUUACCCACAAUCGAAGACUUUAGAAUUCACCUUCAGCAUCGCGGUGUCGAAGGUGGGAUGGAUUCAACAAAUGCAGUAAACAAAUACCACCUAUGUUCAACUGAUACAAGCACAAGAACCUCAAUCCUCACCCCUCUUAGCGAAAUCUCAGCCAGUUCGCAGGUUGAAAAAAAGGAGAAAAGAGCAGCCAAAUCCAUCAUUAUCCAAGGAAAUCCAUAUAAUGACCCAGAUAUACUCUUCCUUCUUCCUGAUGGCGGUGGCUCUGCUGCGUCAUAUGGUCGCUUACCACUGAUAAAGUCGGGUCUCUGCGUUAUAGCUCUCAAUUGUCCUUAUGUUCGUCACCCCGAAGAAAUGUUAACAAGUAGUCUAGAAGAACAUGUCGACUCAUACCUUACUGAGAUCAAGAGACGGCAGAUUAACGGGCCUUACGCCCUUGGAGGCUGGUCUUCCGGUGGAAUUAUGGCAUAUCGACUGACACAACGCCUAAUUCAACUUGGAGAAAAUGUCACUCGACUAGUGCUCAUUGACUCACCCCCACCACAAGGGCUCGACAGACUACCACAAGAAUUCUAUGAUCUAUGUGGAAGCGUUAAUCUCUUUGAUGCAACCAAGAAUCAAUCGGCUUCAGCCGGCAACAUUAUGCCACGAGAAUUACUCGCUCAUUUUAAAUCUAACAUUGAGCUUUUACACGAUUACUAUGCCGAUCCUAUUCCUGAAGGCCUUGCUCCUAACACAACCAUUAUCUACGCAACUGAAUGUGUUUUUGAUGGAAUAGCAUUUCCCAAACCAUUACCAUCCAUGGUUCAAAAUGACGGCAUUAAAUUCCUCACAGACCAACGCACUGACUUCUCAGCUAGUGGUUGGGGAGAAUUGCUUCCUGGUGUAGAUAUCAAUAUUGAGAAAAUAGCCGGGGCAACUCAUUUUUCUAUGAUGGUAAGAGACUCAAGAGCCAUCAAUUGA